CUUGGAUAGAGAUGAAAUUCUUUAUUAUUAAAUUUUACGAUCAUCAUCGAUCAAAUCAACGGUUAUUGUAUCAUUAUAUGAUAUUCGCAUUCUAUUUUGUAUUGCUUAGUCAUACGAGCUUCACUAACAUUUCCUCAUCCAAUGCAUUCAUCAUUUCAUCACAAACUUCAUCCAAAUCCACUAUCGUACGACGAAAUAUUCCAGUCGAUACGAAAACGAUGACCGCAGAGAAAUGUUAUUUUCAUGCUAAUGGUAAAACAGAUGGGAAAUCAUUUUUUUAUGGACAAUGUAUGAGCAUGAAUGGACCGGAUGGUUGUUGUCUUGAAGGCCAUUAUAAACCUGGUAUCUGUUCAAAUUUGGGACAUAUUUGCUGUAUAAAUCCUGAUCCAGAAUGUAAUGCUAUGUUCACGAAUAAAGGAAUAACCAAAUCAGCCUUGAGACAAUAUGGUCAUGUAUUUCGCAAGAUUAAUCAAGAUCAAACUAUUAAUAAUAACGGUCAAAUUUUUAACAAGAACAAUCACAAUGGUCAACAACGGGCAAUUCGUUCAAAUCCAAAACAAUUCAAGUAUAUUUACAAUACGAAUUUUGAAAUUGUCGAAAUGCCGGCACACAUGCAAUUGGAUGCCGUUACUUUUGUAGUGGAUGCAUUAGAUCGUUAUAACGGCGAUUUCGAUGAUGCAGCAGAUUAUUUAUGUCGAAUGUUGGAUCAAAAAUAUGAAGAAUCAAGUCCAUGGUCAUGUACGAUUGGUCGUGAUUUCGGAUAUUCAGUCGAUCCAUUACCUGGAAAAUAUAUGUUAUUCUACAUCGGUAAUGAUGUUCGAGUUAUGGCAUUUGUUUCAAAAAACGAAAAUUAAUCCGUCGGCAUUUCAACAGUCGAUAGACCAUCAUUUUCGAUGUUGUUGACACCUUUUUUUUGAAAAUUUAUGGACAAUCACAAACGUUGCUAAUUGUUAUUGUCAAUUGGCGCCAUUUGUCUGAACAUGGUCAUUUAGUCUAAUGAUGGCCAUCACCAAUC